AUGUUCCACCUCUGGCAUUGGAUCCGCGAACAGCUCUACUACAGCCUCAUCCUUUGGUUCUUCCUUACCUUUAUAGUCUCCAUUGUGUGAGUCCGGUCUCUUUGCUCUUGAGAUGGUGUUCCGUCCCAGAUACUUCCCGAAACGAGCGCGCGCCAUUCUCUCGGCGUCGACGUCACCGCUUCAGUGCCAAACUAAGUCCCGGCCCGUGCCGGUUCAAAUCUCUUGGCUCGGCGACGACUCGCUGAUGGGUCUGUGCUCGAGCGUAGAGAAGCUGACAUCGACUCUUGUCUAUUCGGUGCUGCAGCUUCAUCGCCCGCACCAACUCCGAGCUUGAAUUCUAUUCCAAUGGUGCCGCGCUCUUGUUGGCCUCGUCCAUACUCGGCUUUGGGUUGAUUGGCUUGUGAGUCGGCGCGGGUCUGAAAAGCCUUGAGGUCAUUACGAAGCGUUUACUAAGUUAAUGAGGAGGCUCAUUCCUACACCAGGCAUUUCUCCGUUCAUCGUCGAGGCAACACCAGCAUCGUCGGCUCUUUGCUCGUCGAGGUAAGCUCAUUCUGCGCUGGGCAUGGCGAAGAAUCUGCCCCAUGAACUUGCUCGACGAGCUCGCUCAUUCCGUCCACUCUGCUAUCUAGACGGCUGUGGUUACAUUCCUCUGGAUCCUCUUCUUAGGUGGGUCCCGCUUCGGAAAAGAACGCUGCGCUGUUCGACCUCGUUCACUGGUGACUAAUCUCGCCUACCGGCUUCCCUGCCACUCAGCCGGCUCCGCGGAACUCAGCAGCAACUUCCGCGCGGGUUACCGAUGCUACUACAACCUCUGCCACCUCUCCCGUGCCACCCAAGUAAGUAGUCUAACUAUAAAAUAGAAAAUCGAACACUCAAAGAGCUCCGAGACUCUUCGGCACCGACUCAUGUUCUCCAUCAACGAUGUUCUUCUCCAGGGCUUCGGUUGGCUCAGCUGGAUCACGUUGACCCUCCUCUUGGGGAACCUCAUCGCCGCCGGCAUUCGAUCGGGUACCAAGUCACAGAACCACCUCGAGACCUGGAAAGCCCCUUACAGCGUCCAUGGCGAAAGCGCCGCCACCCCUAACGUCAACCCCAACGUGCCCCAAGAGCAAGCUCACCACCAAGCCCCUGUUCAAUAUCCCAUGGGUGCGGAGACGCAUCCUCAGGGAACGCUUCCUCAGGGAACGUAUCCUCAGGCAACGUAUCCUCAGCAGCAAGGAAUGGCGAAGGUUUGA